AUGUCUACCAGCAAGGCGGAAGGCCGUCGCGAAGAUGCGCUUGCUAAACAACGUUCUCAGAUGCGUGAGGAGUUCGAGCGGCAGAAACAGAACCUCAUCCAGGAGACCGAGAAGGCCCGUCCCUCCUCCAAUCGCUUCGUUGGUCAGAAUGACUCUAUGGAAGAUACCCUGAAGAAGAGCACCGUUGGUCUGGUCAGACUAGAGGAGUUCCAACAGAGGAGGAAAGAAUUGGAAGAAGCUAAAGCCCGUGAGGCUGCACGUACCAAUGAACUCAAAGAGGAACAGAAGAAAGUGAAGAAGCGGAAGAAGAUGGCCAAGUCCACACUCUCGUUCGCUCUGGAUGAUGAGGGUGGUGAAGGCGAAGGCGACUCUCCGUCACAGAACGGAGAUGGAGAGAAGCCCGCUAAGCGUCCCAAGUCACGCAAGAACCCAAAUGUCGACACCUCUUUUCUACCUGAUAGGGAGCGCGAGGAAGCCGAGCGCCGCCAGAGGGAGGAGCUGAGACAAGAGUGGCUCAGGAAACAGGAGGAGAUGAAGCGUGAAGAGAUUGAGAUCACUUAUUCGUAUUGGGACGGAAGUGGACAUCGCAAGAGCGUCGUGUGCAAGAAGGGAGACGACAUCUCUACUUUCCUCGAGAAAUGCCGACAGCAAUUCCCAGAACUCAGGGGUGUGAGCGUGGACAACCUGAUGUACGUCAAGGAGGACUUGAUUGUGCCACAUCACUACACAUUUUAUGACUUCAUCGUGAACAAGGCGCGUGGGAAGUCGGGGCCGCUGUUCAACUUCGACGUACACGACGAUGUUCGUCUUCUCGCUGAUGCCACAGUAGAGAAGGAUGAGUCUCAUGCAGGUAAGGUUGUCGAGAGAAGUUGGUACCAGCGCAACAAACAUAUCUUCCCUGCGUCCAGAUGGGAGGUUUACGACCCGGAAAAGAGCUACGGGAAAUAUACCAUUGCUUGA